GACAAGUGAGCGCAUUCCAUAUAUUUUCACUCGAUACCACACAGUCGACAUUGUCUGUCACCGACAGCAGGCGAUCUCGUUUCCGAAUUUUUUUCUUUCAUUCUCUAUCUCUCUCACUCACUCGCUCCACCUUUACAAAUAGUCAAAUUAUUAAUUUAUAGAGUAGAAAAUACACAAAAAAUAUCAAUAAAAUUUGCAUUGAUUUUGUGGCAACGCAUUGUAAAUUCUAAUUACAACAUCAUCAUCGUGUGCCAAUAGUGUUUUAGUCUCAAUUUUUUCGUCAAUCGUAUUUUUUUCUCUCGUUCCUUUCGGUUGAAUUACAAAUUUUUGAGAUUAGAUGCACAAGACUUUUAUUUUAUCUGCUUCUAUUACACGCACGCAUACAACCGAAUUUCACAGUGUGUAUUUUAGUGUGAUCCAUUCAGCAAUUUAGAUAUAUUGAACAGGUUUUCUAACGCUUUUAUCUCGUGUGAAAGGUAGAAAAAUUUUGUUCAAAACACAAGAAGCAACAUCAGAUACAAAAUGCCCGGUGGAAAUAUAUGUGAGGAAAAUCUGGAGCAACGAAUUGAACGGAUCCGGAAACGAGAUGAAGAGAUUGAAAAGAGACAUCGUGAAGCCGAAGCCGAUCGUUUGGCAGCAUUACAAGCGAAUGCAAUGGUUAAAACGACCGCACCGUCCGAUGAGGAUUGGCCCAAAGCGCAUAAAUACGACAAAUUGGAUUUCACAUACGAUGUGAAAAAUGAAGAAAUCAAUGCUGACGAUAAGAAACCAGUGGAUGAAGCCAGAUUGCAACGUCCAUUUAAAAAGUUUCCCGACGGUCAAGGACCACCAGCCGAUCCAACGUAUAAUUUUUUGGCCGAUGCUGAACGCGAUGGAAAAGCCCAAGCAAACAUCGCUUCGAAUGAUAGCAAGAAUUGGCGGGCCAGUAAUAAUAAUAGUAAUAACACCGGUUUGAACAACAAUAGACGGAAUAACGGCAACAACAGUAGUUUCAAUCGUGGACGAAAUGGUGCCAAAGGCAAGACACCAUUGCCAAAAGGAAAAUCAACCGACGAACCAAUUUUGCGUAAAAAUGAUCGUGAACGUAACAACGAACCACGAAUGCAACGACAAACAUCAAGCGAUGGCAUGUGGAGACGCACGGACGAUAAACGAAACGAUGGCAAAGAAAGCAAAAAUAAUGUGCCGACCUCACCAACCGGCCGAAUGGUCGAUGAACGUCAAUUGAAUUUAAACACAAAAACAAGCAAUAAAUCAUCCAUCCAACAGCGUAUGAUGCCAGCUAAACCAGAUGUAGACCAUUUGCAACAGAAUUUAUCGGAUUUGUCGAUUGAAAAGCGCGGAAAUAUCACUGUGUCGGUGACCAAAGACGGUGAAGUGAAAAGUGUCAAAUUGGAAGCAGCUAGGUCCAUUGGCUCAGGCCGUGUUGGCGGUGCAACAAUGCGGCAAGUUCAACCACAACAGCUACAAUUGCAACAGCAGCAGCAGCAGCAGCAGCAGUUGCAGCAACAACAACAACCACAGCUACAACAGCAACAAUACGUCUCGAGUCCUCCUCUGGCUAUGAUGGACUUGAGCUUAAAUGCACAAGCACAUGCACCGGCUUCGAUCAACUAUCCGGUAAUUGAUCAUUUCAAGCCACCACAGCAACAACAACAACCGCUACAGUCGCAAUUACCACCGCCGCAGCAAGUGAUUCAAGUGGACCCAACACCAAAGCCAAUGAGCAACAUCAUCAAUGGGGUUCCCUUUAAAUUGCCCAGCGUUCAGGAUCGUUUGAUUAAGAAUCGCCUCUUCUUCGACGAAAACCUGAAGAAUGUGGCCGGUAAUCAAUAAAUAAAAACACAAACGAUUAACCUUGUUUACGAAAAAAUGGAUCUCUUACUCGAAGAAAUCCACACAAAAAAAGAAACAUUGAUAAUUUAGACAAAAAAAAGGUGAACUUUGAGAUUGAGAUAAAGUGCAUCACGUCAUUCAGACCGUGGAUGUGGACGCGGAUUUGUUUUUUUGUUGUUUAUUAUAAUUUCGUAUAAAAUUUAUAUGUAUCAAUUUUUUCUUUCGCUAAUUAUAAAAAUUUAGGACAAUUUCUCUUUUCAAAACAAUCGACAAUUAUUAUGAACGAAAGUAUUUAUUAUUUUAUGAAUUUUAACUAUAAAUUACGUCGAAAACAUAGCGUAAAUGUUACGACGCUAAACACUUUUCUGAUCUAUCUAAGAGUUUGCGAACAAAAAAAAAUGAACAACCACAUUAUCCUUUCAAUUGCAUUGAACUCGUUGAAAAAAAAAAAAAAAUAUGAUUAUUAUUAUUUCUAUUUAUGAAACAAACAAAAUUAUCUAAAACGAAAACAACUUUAUUUUUUUUUAGUAUUAUUCCUUUAUGUUGGAUUGAGUUUUAUUAUUCGCAUUAUAUAUGGUCAAAAUUCUUUUACAAUUUUGAUAAUAUACAUUUAUUAUUUUGAAUUAUUAUUGUACCUUUUUUUUCGUUUGUUUAAUUACUGAUAACUGAAGUUUCAACAGAAAAAAAAACGCAUAAUAAAAAAAUACACAUUUGAGAGAGAAAAAA